AUGCAUUUGAAAUUUUAUUUGGUCAUUAUUUAAUUUUUUAAUAAAAAUUUGAAAAAAGAAGAUUAGCAAUGGUUUUAAAAAUAUUUAAGUCAUUAUUAGUCAAGAACAGGACCAAAGAAUCAAGUGCUAUUCGACGGGGAGAAGAGGAACUCGAUAAGAACUUACAAUGAUAAUGUGAACAACAGACAGGGAUUCAAAAUAGGAUGGGAUGUCGAUCAAACAAGAAAGGAAGAUUUGAAAAUUGCAGGCAAAGUAGGUUAAGAUCAGAGAAACAACAAUAAUGGUAAUGCCUACCAAGGAAAUCCAUAUCAAGCCCAAUAAUAAAAGUAAGACGAUGAUUAUAUGAAGUAAAUGUACUACCAAGAGAUGAGCAAGAAGUAAGAACAGGCUGGAAUCUAACACAAACAAUCAGAACAAUAUUAUUAAGAUUCUCUCGACCAAUACAAUAAUGGAAAGCCAUAUGGAAAUUACAACUACAACAACUAAGACAAUCUUAAUCACGAUUACGAACACUAACAACCAUAACUAUUGUAAUAAUCCAAUAAAUACGAUCAUUAUCAAUAACCGAAUGAUGACGAGGCUCUCUAUUAAAAAUAUAAACAAGGAAACAGUGGCAAUAAAUCAUACUCAGCAAAACCACCAGUUGCGCAAUACAAUCCAAUCACCGGAAUCGCCUAUGCCAAUCCCAACAACUACAAUCCAGAUGCCGCUAAUAAUUAUUAAGGGGCUGCUCAUUAAAAAACUAACCCCUAUGAACAACCAUAACAAGAUGAUGCUCUCAGUCAAUUUAGUUAAUGUAUCAGACACUCUCUUAACCAUUUAGUACAAUAGCAUAAAAUCACUUCCAUCAAAAACAAGAGUUCCAACAUCUUCAAUACCGAUCUCCAAGAAACUGAGAACAUCAAUAAUACUCGAUAAAAUAGCAGAAUUUUGAAUCGAAAGAAGGAAUUGGAUGAUGCUUAAUACAAAGGCUAUGGACAAUUUUAUAAGACUCCUAUUGAAUCGGCUCCAAAUCAAUACAAAGAAUAGAAAUUUGUUAACAGAAACAAAGUUGACAACCACAUAUUUCCAAAAUGA